AUGGCACGAAAUGCGGAGAAGGCAAUGACUGCAUUGGCGCGGUGGCGCCGUUUGAAAGAGGAAGAAGAAAAGGGACCGAUAGCUAAGAGACCUCACGAUACAAACCUCUGUCACAACCUUGGAGAUGCUGAGCGGUUUCGUCGGGAGAUCGCUAAAGAGAUCGCAAAGAAGAUUGCUCUCAUCCAAAAUCCUGGUCUUGGCGAGUUCAAGAUUCGGGACCUCAACGAUGAAAUUAAUAAGAUGAUCCGUAUUAAAUAUGCUUGGGAAAUGAGGAUCAGAGAACUAGGAGGCAUGGACUACAGGAAAAUUUCAUCUCGAGAGCUUGAUAAAGAAGGAAGAGAGGUAGCGUCCAACAAAGGUUAUAAAUAUUUCGGUGCCGCUAAAGAUCUACCUGGUGUUCGGGAACUGUUCGAGGAAUCAAAGGAGUUAGAGCAAAUGCGGAAGACACGAGCAGAACUUAUGAAAAACGUUGAUGCAGACUACUAUGGUUAUUUGGAUGAUGAUGACGGAUUGUUAAUACCGUUGGAAAAGGAAGAAGAGAAAAGAGCUAUUGAACAAGCUGAGCAGUACUUUGCUGAACAUGGUGCUGAAAGAUUCCAAAAAGAAUAUGGAGACGAUUUAGAAGAAGAUAUAUACAAAAUUCGCGAUGAUUCGGAUGGUGAAGAUAUCGACACAAAAGAAUCGAUCGUUGUUGGAGAAGAUGGGAAACAGAUGACGAUUAAACACGUACUGGUACCAACUCAAAAAGAUAUUGAGGAAAUGAUUAUCGAAAGGAAGAAACAGGAACUCAUGGAGAAGUACCUAUCUUCCAACUGA